GACGCCCGCUGCCUCCUAGCGAUGCGUUCUGGCAUGUUGUGACGGGCGACGGUGUGUUGGCUUUGUUACGCGUGCUUGAGGGAAAUCCGAAUGACAGCGGCAAGGUAUUGAAUGCUAGACAGAGACAUGAAAGAGCGUCGCCAUAGGAAAGCCCGAGACCAGGCGCUUGAGCGGUCCUCCACUCCUUCUUUUCUUCUCACCGUGACGACCCUGCUUGGCUGACAUGAGGUCUGACGAUGAGACUGGCAUGCCGUGGAUCCGCCUUUGGUAGCCUCAUCAGGCAGUGCACACCACAGGGCCUCCCAUGGCAGUCUAAUCGCGCUCUGAGUGCUGGCCCCCGGAGCUCGCUCCUCAGGCCUCUCGAGCCGCACGCCGAACUGAUCGACCCACCGACAUUUGCGAAGGAGUACCUCGAACCUGCUAGACCGGGCUUCUUUCCGGGCCUGAUCCGUUCGGACUCGCCUUACGCCUGGCCCGCCUUUCGAGAAUGGUCUGCACAGGGGGAGGGCGGAGAGGCUCUGCAGGGACUGGGGCGCAAUGAGGAACUGCGAGACGCCAUGGUGGAGGUCGAGAUUGCACCCGUCGGAAGAGGCUACGGCGAUGCUGUUGCGGACUCCUCAUCGUCAAGCUGGAGCAAGGUCAAUAUACCAUUCGGCCUCUUCCUCGAAGCCUUUAUCCGCAAAUCGAUACCCUGGUCAAGCGAGCCAGCCCAAGAGCUCGUUGGCUACGUUGCGCAACAAGACCUCUUCUCGCGCUCUCCUAUCCUGCGCGACCAGUGCCCCACGCUCCCGCAUCAGCACGCAGGCCCGCGCGGGGCCCUCGAGCAGUGGCGCCGAAACGUCUGGAUUGGCGGUCGCGGCUCCUUUACACCCCUGCAUCGGGAUCCGUACGAGAACCUCUUUGUCCAAGUCGUAGGCUCAAAGAGGAUCCACAUGUUCCCGCCUCGCGCAGGGAAGCACCUCCAUCUCUUCCCCGCAUCCAGCUCGCAGCCCAACACGUCGCAGAUCCCGACUGAAGAGCCAUUGCUCUCGGAGAGCGUGUUGCGGCAGCAUACAGAAGGCUCCUUUCCUGAUCUCGAAAAGGCAAUCAGCGACCCAGAGGCGAGGAGCGUCGUCCUCGAUGCCGGCGAUGUCCUCUUCAUCCCGCAGGGCUGGAUCCACUGCGUAGCGAGCCUCAGCAUCAGUGCGAGUGUCAAUGCAUGGUUCCGCUGAGUCAAGAAGAGAAGAGACUGGUAUUCUUUGGGUUUCAAAUAGACGUACAAGUGAGAGAGAAAGUUGGGAGAAAGACAAAACCAAUGACC